AUGGCAGUACUGGCACUCCUGACCAUCGCCCUUUUUGCAGGUGCGGCCUACUCCGCACCUCAGGCUUCCCGUAUCGUGGGUGGAACUGAGACGUCCAUUGACAAGUUCCCCUCCAUCGUUGCGGUUGAAUUCCUUGGAAUCUGGACUGGUGUCUGGGGUCAGUCCUGUGCUGCCAACAUUUUGACUACUCGUUACGUUUUGUCUGCUGCACACUGUUUCGAUGGAAUCUUCUACAACCCAAGUUACCGCCGUAUCAGGGCUGGUUCCUCCUACCGUAACACCGGUGGUGUUGUGUCUUACGUGGAUGUCGAGUUCAAUCACCCCAGCUACGGUUUGAACGGUUACGAUGGUGACAUCUCAGUCAUUCGUCUGCGAACUCCCUUGUCGUACAGCCCCGUCGUCGAACAGGCCACCCUUGCUCCUCAAGGAUUUAAGAUCCCUGACAACUUGCCUGUCGUCCACGCUGGAUGGGGUGCUAUCUCGCAAGGAGGACCUUUAUCUCCCGUACUCUUGGAGACCACUAUCUUCACCAUCAAUAAUGAGCUCUGCGCUGCCCGCUACCUGACUCUGCCCAGACCUCUGGUUGUUACUGAGAACAUGAUCUGCGCUGGUAUUCCUGACAUCGGUGGCAAGGACGCCUGCCAGGGUGACUCUGGUGGUCCUCUCUACUACACCCACAUCCUCGUCGGUGUUGUGUCUUGGGGUCAUGGCUGCGCUAACGAGACCUUCCCCGGAGUCAGCACUGCAGUCAGCUCCUACACCAACUGGAUCGCGGCUUCUGUCAACUAA